AUGAAUGGUGCGAAAGCCGCUGCUGCGAAGGGGAGUGAAGGAGUGACAACACGUAUGGAUGAUGUGAAGAUAAAUGAACGUGUUGUUGUUUGGCGCGUUGUGAACGGCGAGAAAAGAAGGGUGCUUGCAACUUUGUUGAAGAAAAGAGUGCGUGGACCUAAAUCUGAAGCGGACGAUGUAAGUGAAAAGAAGACAGAGCUUGACGCGAACAUCCCCGCUGGCGAGGUUAACAAUGUCGUCAGUGAAAGUCUGGAAUAUUUCGUGCAUUUUGAUGGUCAGGAUCGCCGACUUGAUCAGUGGAUUAGUGGUGACCAAUUUAUUGAAAUGGCCCCGAAACAUUCUGCUGGAGAAUUAGGUGGGGGUGAUACUCGUUUAACAAGAAAAAGACGAAAAAAUGACGAAGAGUUGAUCUCACUUGAUGACCCUGGAAGAGUUGAUCAGCAUCGAAAGGCGCCGCCAGAGAAAAACAUUGAAUGGGUUGUUUUCGGAAGCUACGAAAUACAGUGCUGGUACUAUUCUCCUUAUCGACUGAAGAAAAAAGCCGUUGAAAAAUUAUAUGUAUGCGAAAAUUGCCUUCUCUACACAGAUGAUGUACGCAUGUACAAAUGUCACCUGGCAGUUGACUGCAAAAGAACGAAUCCUCCAGGAGAACUGAUAUAUGAGGAAGGCGAUGUUCAAAUAUACGAGGUCUUCGGUGCUUUGCAGAAGUUCUACUGCCAACGACUUUGCCUUCUCGCAAAGCUGUUUAUUGAUCAUAAGACGCUUUGUUUCGAUGUAGAGAACUUCAUCUUCUAUUUGCUUUGUGAGACAGAUAAGGAAGGAACCCAUAUUGCUGCAAUGUUCUCGAAAGAAAUGCACUCCUCCAACAAUCUGGCAUGCAUCAUGACGUUGCCAUGUUAUCAAAGAAAAGGCUACGGAAAUCUUCUGAUACAGCUUAGUUAUGAAAUGUCGAAAAGGGCGAAAUACCCUGGAACUCCCGAGCGUCCUUUUUCUGACCUUGGUGAGAUAUCAUACAAGAAGUACUGGUUAUUCGUGUUGCUGGAGUUUUUCGAUUCGGCUGUGAUGCGGAAGGUUGAAGACGUCACUGUUGAUGAUCUUGAAGCAUUUGUUGGAAUCAACAAGGACGAUAUCAAAGAUACAAUGGAACCAAUCGGGCUACUCUCUCAUCUUAAGGGGGGGACAUACAUUGUGCAUAAUCCAAAGUUGGACCAAGAGAAUGGUGUAGAACGACCCAACCCUCCACUUAGACGUCUCGAUCCUAAAUGUCUUAUUUGGAAUGCGAAAAGUUUCGACAGGCCAAAACGUCGGAACUAA